AUGAACGAUGAGUUGAAACUUGGGCAGAAACUUAUGAAGAAUGAGGACCAAGUGAACAUUGGUACGGAUGAACCAGAUUCACGUACGUUGAUUAUUCGCUUAUUGAUACCGAGGCGUCGGCACGCCCAAACAGAGGACGAGGUGGUGGAUAGUAACGUUGACUCAAUGUUGAACGCUGGAGUGAUUGAGCAUGGCGAGGGCACCUGGGGUUUCCCUGCCGUCCUGGUCAGAAAGAAAAACGGCACAGUAAGAUUUUGUGUUGACUAUAAAGCGUCCAAUCGAGUAACUCGUAAGGACGUAUAUCCCUUACCACGUGUUGACGAGACUUUGAAAGCUCUCGGUGGACCACGUUUGUUUAGUGCACUGGAUUUGCGAUCUGGAUACUGGCAAAUACCAGUUUCCAAGACUGACCGUGACAAAACUGCAUUCACAACUAAGAGAGGGUUAAAUCGUUUUAAGAGGAUGCUGUUUGGUUUAACAAAUGCUCCUGCAACCUUUCAUGUUCUGCGUGGAUUAACCUGGAUGACCUGUCUGGUCUACUUAGAUGACAUCAUCAUCUUUAGUAAGGGCGGAAUUGAACGGCAUGUGGUUGAACUGGCCGGAGUUUUGUAG